AUGGCGGCGCCCUUAGCGCAGCAGCUGCAGGAGCUGCUCGACCCCCGGCCCAGCUUCCACGACCCCGAAGACGAUGCGGAGGAAGCUACAGUUGCUAAAGUGAUUGGCAGAUUUGAGGAUGAAACUGCAGAUGACAUUUUGCCUGUUGGUGACAUAAGGAAAAAAGCUUCAGCCUCUUUCUUGGAGGCUGAUAAAAGGUACAGAGGAAAAGCUACAUCUCGCAAGGCCUUGCAAGAAGAGCUCUGGGGAGACGCUCUAUCUGAAGAAGGGUCUGCUGAAGAAGCAUUAGAGGAAUGGUACAGUGGCAGUGAGAAUUCAGAAGAGAAUGGCAGCUUAGGCUGUAAAACAGAGGAGAAGCCCAGCAGUGCUGGCAGUGACCAGGAAGAUGGCUUGGAAGAUGAUGAAGAGGCAGAUGUGUCUGUCAAGGCCAAGGCACCAAAGUUCAGUUUCCAGAAUAUCACAGACUUUGAGAAAUUCGCAGAGGGGAUGGAUGAUGUAGGGAGCAGUGAGGGGGAAGAUGAAGAUGAUGCCAGCAUGGAAGAAGGAAGUGAUGAGGAAGAAUGUGAAAGUGAAACCCAUGACAGCAUAAAGGAAACCAAAGACACGGAGGAUGAUGAGGGGAUAAUGACAUUCUCAAAAAGAGAAGAGGCUGAGGAAGUAGAAAAGGGAAGAGCUGUGAAGAACCAGCUAGCACUGUGGGACCAGCUACUGGAAGGGAGAAUCAAGAUGCAGAAGGCACUGGUGACAGCCAACCGGCUCCCACAGCCAGAUACCUUCCCACUCUUCAGGAAGGAAGGAGGACAGGAGUUUGACAAUGCUGUUGAGAGCUGUUACAAAGCCUUGGAGGCAUUGCUGAGAGUGCUAGUGGGCCUUCAGGAUGAGCUGCUUUAUCAGUACCCAGGCACGAGGCAUCUGGUGGAUGGAAAGCAGUCAGAGCCUGCAAGUGAUGAUGAAAUCCCCAGCAGCAGUGAUGAAGAGCAGGUGAAGAAGGCCCAGGAGAAGAGGAGGAGCCUCCCCAAACGGAAGCUGAAGAUGGAGGAGUACCCAGAGUUCAUAGCCAAGCGCUACGAUGACUUCAGGACCUAUCGUAACAACGUCCUGCAGAAGUGGCACGAGAAGACAAAGCUGGCAGCUGGCAAAAUGGGCAAGGGGUUCGGUGCCUUCGAGCGCUCCAUCCUGGCUCAGAUUGAUCACAUCCUGCUGGACAAGGAGAGGCUGCUCCGGCGCACGCAGACCAAGCGCUCCGUCUACACGGUGCUGGGAAAGCAGGAGCAGGAGCCCCCUCCCCUCCCUCAGCCUGUGCCUGGAGACCUGGAAGUCCUCCCUCCCUCAGAUUCCAACAGGCACCUGAAGGACAUUGAUGAGGAGAUAUUUGAUGAUGAUGACUUCUAUCAUGAGCUCCUUCGGGAAUUCAUAGAACGUAAAACCACUUCAUGGGACCCCAACGACCAGGUGGCGAUGGGCAGGCAGUGGCUGGCCAUCCAGAAGCUACGGAGCAAAAUCAAGAAGAAAGUGGACAGAAAAGCCAGCAAAGGAAGGAGGAUCAGGUAUCACGUCCAUAGCAAGCUGGUGAGCUUCAUGGCACCUAUUGACCACUGUGCAAUGAAUGAUGAUGCCAGGACGGAGCUGUAUCGGUCGCUGUUUGGAACAGUCAGGAGUGAAGAACCCAACCAGAGCUAG